AUGAUGCGGAUAAAACUGUUAUAUUUCUGAAGUUAUCGCGUUGAUUCAGAAAUUUCUUUAAGCAUAAAUGUAUAGAACUAUUCUUAAUUACAGCUAGUAACGCAUAUUGUUAGAAAAACUUGGUAGAACAAGUUUGGGUUAGUUGGAUCAAUUCGUAGUGGACAUAAUGCCGUAUAAACAGGGAGAUGUUAUCAUGCGCAACAAACCUUGGGUUUACGUCUUGGACGAAAAACAUGCCUCAUCGUACUGUCACUACUGUUUCAGGAGACCGAUCGAAGGUGAAAGCACGCCACUAAAACGUUGCACUCAAUGCCAAUUUGCACAGUUUUGCGACCAAAAAUGCGCAAAAGCUGCGUGGAAGGAUCACAAGACGGAAUGUAAGAGGUUGUUAUUAGGCCGGAAGCAAGGCGCCGAAGUUCCUGAAGCCAAUAUCCGAUUAUUAGCCCGGAUUAUUAGCAAGGUGUCUCGUGGAGAGCGCUCUGAUCCUCCGGAUGCUUGUUGGCCAUCGUGUGAUCGAACUUACGAUUCCCUGUGCACACAUGCGGAUAAGAUUCAGUCAUCGAUUCUGCAAAUAACUGCCUUUACAAUGACGAUAGAAAAACUUGUGGCAUUCCUUGGUCAAGAAAACAUGCCAGAUGACAAGGAGACAAUAAAAGACGCGUAUAGUAAACUGAUUGUCAACGCCAUGACCUUAUACGACGGAGCGCGACCCUACGGCAUUGGUGCAGCGCUCCCACUGGGUGCCACACGCUUUGACCAUGCAUGCAAACCAAACGCUGAUUACAUGAUUUGUACGACGAAUGGAUGUGAAAUUGUUAUACGGGCCCUGGAAGAUAUAGCGUCCAUCGAGGAUGUCCGAAUCUGCUAUUGUAACUGUAUGGACAUGACCCGGCAACGGCAAACAUUACUACAAGAACACUAUUAUUUUCUCUGCCAAUGUGAAUACUGUUUAGACGAACACCGCGACAAUAUGAUGCGAAGUGUGCGCUGCCCACAAGCUUUCUGUGACGGAGCAAUUCCUAUGACGGAAAUCUUCACACCGAAACCUUGCACAAAGUGUGGACAUCUGAUACCGAAAAACGACCCUUUUGUUAAAAAGUCUAUAGAUCUGAUGUCAAAGGUCAAAGAUUCCGUUGAUGCAUACACUGCUCUUUUUGAAGAUACAGGAAACAGCACGGCAGACCAACGCCAGCUAAGCAGUGCUCGCAAUGACCUUUCAUUAUUGUACACCACAGCCAAGAAGACUCUUUUCCCGUUAAAUAUUUUCUACGUUAAGCUCAUUGUGCAUCUGACGGAUCAAGAAACUGAACAGGGAUGGAAACUUUAUCUCGAAGAAACCAAUGCCUAUCGGUACUACCAUGGUUUUUCGUCCUUUCUGGGUAUCCGCCUUGUUCUUCAGGGCGGCUAUCAAGUGGGAGCAAGGAAAUUUGAAGAAGCAAAGAAAUCUCUGGAGGAAGCCGAGCGGAUAUUGACCGUUACGCACGGAAUCGAUCACCCGGUUUUUAAGGAUAUGUUGACUGUUAGAAGGUGCGCAGACUUGCAAGAUAUCGUAUGGAAUGUUGCCCGCUUUAUUUCCCCUCGGAAAACCAAAAGCCCUUCUUUCCCAUCCUUCCUCCCCAAAUUUCUUGUUUAAUUCGCACCCUUAAAUACCUUCGAUAUUUUAAUUUCCCACCUUACCCUUUAAAAAGUUUUCAUGCACAGACUGCAUGUAAGCAGUCCCCAAUAAAUUGUAAAAUUUCGAUGUAUCAUAGUUGCUACACCAUAGCUCAUAAAUAUGACAUAUGCAUACGGCAUACAUUACACUUCUCUGUGAAUGACCUUUAAUUUUGUUCUCGGUCUAAAAAAUGGCAUGAGGAAAUGGUUGUUUAAAGAGUUUACAGCAUGCCAACCCUCGACAGUUCUGCAAGUUAAGAUGAUCAGAUUUACCUAAUGCGACCGAAAUAUGAAGUUGCAGCUGUUGAAUUGCGUCGAGCUGGUACGCAUUCCCACUUGAGUUCCCAGGCACCUGCAUGCUCAAUGCAACCGUGGUAUUUUUCUUAGUAGAAAAAGUAACCUUGUCCAAGGUAGGAUACUGAAAUUAAGUCCCGAGUACAUUGUUAAAAUCGGCUUUAAUUUAUAUACAAUCAUGGGAGCAAUCAGCCCUUUUGACACUGGGUACAUUUUGCA